CCUGAAUAGUCCUGUAAGCUCGCCGAGAUAGACACGGAAUCAGUUCCAGCACGCGAAUCCUGCCGCAAGGAUGCCCGUCCGCCGCCGUCGGAGAAAUCAGUCACAGGGGUCGAACCGGGGAAAGGGAAAGUGCCAUCGCCACAUCGCCACAUUGUGCCACAUUUAAAAAUGAAAACAGACGAAGAAAGUAUGAAGUGAGGGCAAGUGAGGAGCAUAAGCAAAAGCAGAAGCAUAAGCAGAAGCCAAGCCAAAAGCCGUUUAAUAACUAAAUCGCACGGAGCCAUCGUUGGUCACGUCCCGAGACGGAUACACAAAAUGCCUCUCUCCGCGUAUCGGUGUGUGCUCCAGCCAGCCCCUGCCUUAGUGUGAGUGUGCAUACCUAUAGGGCCGUAGCACCUAAUGUGGCCAACAUACACACGUCGGCCAAUACAAUAGCACAAGGCCCGCUCGUCCUUGUCGCUCGCCUCGCUGUCAUCGUGUGCGUGACCGUGUCCGUAUUCGUGUCCGUGCCCGUGUCCGUGUCCGUGCCCGUGGGUCCUUCUGGCCGCCGUGGGUCCAUGUGUCCGCUUCCGCCGAACGGAUAUAUUUUCGAAAUCCGCGCGAUUAACCCACGCACCCAGUAAAGCUGCAGCAGACAGCCAGGCAAAAAAUAGACCUACCAAAGGCACUUUUUUGCGCCAUUGUUGAACGGAUUGAUUGGUGAAUUGGUGAUUGUGCAGUUGUUCAAACGCUUUGAUUGCCGAAUUGUGACAUUGUUGAGCGCUGUUGGUUAUUGUGCAACUGUUGCUGCUGAAUGAGCGAUGCCAGCAGGGCCGCCUAAUUAUUGCGCAUUGCGCAAUCGAAUUUCAAAGCCAGGACCGAAAGUAACGCAAUAGAAUCUCAGAUCGGACGCCAAGGAUUGGAGAGGAUGACGUUGAUGUCAUUGGGCAGUCAUUGCGGAGACCCAUUAUUAAAGCUUAAUCCGUAAACGAAGCAAAUACAGCAGCCGGCAGGAGCGGAGCACUCCUCCGUGCCAUCAGAGUAGCAGCAGUAGCAGCAGAAGCAGCAGACCUAGUGGAGAGCAUAAAACAUGUGGACCACGGACUGCCCGAGAGCGUUGAAAGCGAUUUGCCUGGUGCCGCUGUGGCUGGUCCUGCUCCUCGAUUGCGGCCUGGUCGGCGGCGAGGUGCCACCGCACUACUGGGAGACCCCGUACUCGCAGCCGUACUUCGACAACUCCUCGAGGCGCGAGGUCACCGCAACCGUGGGUCAGGCGGCUCUAUUGCACUGCCGGGUGCGGAAUCUGGGCGAUCGAGCGGUUUCGUGGAUAAGGAAACGCGACCUACACAUCCUGACGGUGGGCAUUCUGACCUACACGAACGACCAGCGCUUCCAGUCGCUGCACUCCGAGGGUUCCGACGAGUGGACGCUGCGCAUCUCAUCGCCACAGCCCCGGGAUUCGGGCACCUACGAGUGCCAGGUGUCCACCGAGCCGAAGAUCAGCCAGGGAUUUCGCCUCAACGUGGUGGUGUCGCGGGCCAAGAUCCUGGGCAACGCGGAGCUCUUCAUCAAGAGCGGCAGCGACAUCAAUCUCACCUGCCUGGCGAUGCAGUCGCCGGUGCCGCCAUCGUUCAUCUACUGGUACAAGGGCAAGCGGGUCAUGAAUUACUCGCAGCGCGGCGGCAUCAAUGUCAUCACGGAGCGCUCCACUCGCACCAGCAAGCUGCUCAUCGCCAAGGCCACGCCGGCGGACUCGGGCAACUACACGUGUUCCCCGAGCAGCUCAGAUUCCGCCUCGGUGGUGGUGCAUGUCAUCAACGGGGAGCAUCCGGCUGCCAUGCAACAUGGCAAUAGCAGCGCCAGCUCCCUGCGCCCCCUUCCAGUGCCUUUCGUCCUUGCCACCAGGAUGUCGAUGACGGUGGCGGCUGUCGCCUGGAACUGCCACUUCAACUUCAAUGGCAACUGGAGCCCCGACUGGCAUUGGCAUUGGAACUGGAACAGGAACAGGAACUGGAACUGGAACUGGAAUUGGAGCCACCUGGCCGCUGGACUUUUGGGCAUCUGGAGCUGGAGCUGAUGCGGCUCGAGGAGGUGCCCCAAGUCGAACUCGAACUCCAAACGCUGAGCGACAGUCCCGGCCAAGUUGGGACUGAACCGCUCCUCCCCAGGUGCAUUUAAUGAGGGCGGAGGAGCGUCUUACGAACUAGUGUACAUAUACAGUGUGUCCUUUAACGAGUAUUAUCUAUAAGACAUUCCCGAGCAGGCAGACAGACGGACAGGCAGGCAGGCAGGCAGGCAGGCAGUAUUACGAAAAAACUUUUAAUCAACCACAGUCAACAGGAAAAGUCCAGGCAACAAACACUAUUCAUACCUAAGAAAAUUACCAAAAAAAAAAACAAA